AUGUCCGACGUCCCCGACUCCCUCCUCCCAGGGAACGAAAAGGAAGCGGAGAUAGACGCCGCAUUUGCCGGGAAGAACCCCAAGAAAAUCAAUCCCAACGACGCCGGCGUCGCAGAGAACUACACUGGCCCGACAGACAGCCAUAUCCUGUCGCAGACGAAGCCCGAAGACCAUGAGGCGAAAGGCUUAGCGCAUAAAGCGGGCGAGGUUGAUGGCGGCGAGGUCUCGGAUCUUGGAUGGGGGCUUUCGGAGACGAUUCAAGAGCGCGUUGUGCCGGGGUUGUCGAACGAGGAUUUGUUUUUGUUGAUUCGGCGGUUUAAUAAGCAAAUUUACAACGUCAAAGCUGUCCCCGAUGCACCGCUGCAGGGACUCGACCUGAUUCGAGCGGAGGACGAUCAUUUCUCGCCGGAUAAGCUGCGCGCGACUCUGGAGCGGUUCUAUACCACCAUCAUCAUUGGACUGACUGCGUUUGUCAAGCACAUCGCUAGGUUGCGCUCAUGGAGGGAGCCAGUGCGGACGACAUGGUUCUGCGUGAUCUACUUCACAGCAUGGCUUCUCGACCUCCUUGUGCCGACUAUUUCCGUCACUCUACUAACUCUAGUCCUUUACACCCCCUCACGAAAGAUCCUCUUCCCACCGGCCCCGAUAGCCCUCGUCGAUACGUCCACCGGCGGAGUUCAAAAGCCCAAGGCCGGAGUGCUCGGAUCUCAUGACAGUGUUACUGGCGCGCCGGAGAAGUACAAGGGUGAAGCCGCGGAGCAGGAAGCGAGCAACUUGAUGGCGAGUGUUGCGACGGUAGCUGUCGGCAGUGCAGCGGGAAAGCACGAUCAGGGAACACCUGAGAGCGCGCCUAUGGAGUCGCAGGUGCCUGAUGCAAUGGAUAUCGUGUCUAAGACGGCGGAUGCUCAGGCUGCGGCAGGCGGAGAGGUUCCGGCUGAUACCCAUGACAAGACACGCGAGCCGAUGAAGCAGACUGUGCUGAAUGGCGCGGAUCAAGCGAUGAGGGUUAUGGCUGAUGUUAUCGAUAUGUGGGAGAGGGUUGCGAAUGCGCUGGCGCCGACGCCUCCCUUCUCGAUGAUGACGCCUCGCUUGAGACUGGCGGCUGUCUUUGCAGGAGGAUUUCUCGUCUCACUCCUAACAUCGAGCUACAUUUUCAUGAAGAUGGCGACCUUUUUCGUCGGUCUCGGUUUCUUCGGCGACCCGCUUAUACAGCGAGGAAUCCAGUAUCUUGACCGCGAGUAUCCUCACUGGAAGGAACUAUCGCAACUGGAAAACACCCUGCUCAAAGGCGUCCCCACCAACGCCCAGCUCACCCUAACCCUCCUCCGUAUCGGCGAAGCAAACGCCGCUCCUCUUCCACCACCACCGAAAGGUUCGCUAGAGAAAGCACCCUCUCGGCCCGCCUCAAUUGACCACGAGAAACUCGCACUCGGCGCAACCCCCGAAGAAGUCGACCGCGCGGCCGCAAAAUCGCCGAACCACCCUAACAUGCAGGCUGAACGCAAGGCCGAGACCGAGAAGGAGGCAAAGCAGAAAAAGGGCUUUGGUGCCAAAGUGCUCUCUUUCUUCCGAGGCACAACCGCAGCAGGAAUCGAGUCCAAGCUCGCCAUCAGCCACGCCCGCGCGGAGAUCGGUAACCUGCAUGCGAAGAACCAAAAGGGCGUCCUCCGCAAGAAGGGCCUCGAGACUCUCCCCAUGGGUCCUGUCGAGUUCGAUGCGCGGUAUAAGGGACACAGGGGAAUGGCGAUUCUCGAUUCCUCCCAUGAACCGCCUCUGCUGUACUUCACGACGGAUGAGACGGCGCAGCUAGGUGAUUACCGCAUGGAGAGUCGGAAGAAGGGGAGUGUAUACUUCGAUAUGCCCGUCGACGAUAUUCAGGAGAUGCGCAAGAUUGGCGGGAUGGGCUGGAAGGGGAAGCUGGUUACCGGCUGGGCUGUUGGUGGGAAGGAGGUCGUUGAUGGUAUGAUUGUUACUGGCAAACGCCCGCACCAGGAGUUCCAGUUGACAGCCAUGAUCGAACUCGACUUCUUCACCUACUACAACCGAACUCUUGCUCCCAGUCACGGCAAUCGCGGUGAAGCCUAUCGCUUCGAAGCGACCAUGACCGGCAAUUCGGGAUCCCUCCUCAAGAAGACCAUGAAGGAUUUAUACCUGAGCGGUAGAUUCUCCGACAUGAAGAUCACCUGUCAGGGAUUCACCUUCAAUACUCAUCGCUCUGUUGUCUGUACCCAGUCUGCCUUUUUUAACGCAGCAAUCAACGGCAAUUUCAAGGAGGGUCUUAGCCAGACAGUAGAUCUGCCAGACGAUGAUCUCGAAACGAUCGAGCGCGUGCUAUCCUUUCUAUACUUCACCCAUUACGAGCCCGCGUCCCAUGCGAUGGAUUUGUCAACACAUCUGGAGACUACCGGGGCCAAACAAAAGGACCAAGACGCGAAGAAAUCCAACGUACAGAGUAGAUCGGAAAAGGAAGAGGCUUGUCUUCGUGCGGCCUACACCCACUUGAAAGUCUACCUCGCCGCAGACAAGUACGGAAUCGAUUCUCUGAAGGAGUUCGCUUCAAACUGCUUUGCUUCCCAAUCUGACUAUAUCCCGGUCGGUGCAACCUUUCAAAAAACCCUCCAGGAUGCCCUGGCAAUGGCACCUCCCUCCAGCUCCGAGCUCCAGGAAGCCGUUGCCGCUGCUAUUGCUUCCCGAGCUGCGGAGUUGAUCGACAGUGGUGUCGUCAAGCAACUUCUGGAUACCCGUCCAGAAAUAGCUUCCGCAGUCCUUUCUCGGCUCGUCGAAACGGAUGAGAUAUGGCAUGACGCAAAGGAAAAUCAGGUCGGCCGCAUGAUCAACAGCGCUUUGACGAUGCGUGGUCGCAACAGGUGCGGCUGUAACCCCUUCUCCGUCCAGCUGCGCCCGGGCGACUUUGCGGCCGAACGAUUUAAAUGUGGCAAUUGUAGGGAGGUGUAUAAUGUCGACGACAAGGACCUAGAGUGGUGA